UGUCAAACUAUCCACCGGUGCGGUUGUUGUUGAAGAAAAUGUUACUAUUCCGACAGUGUCGAAAUCUAAAAUAUUAAAAAUUUAAAGGAUUCAACGUGAUAGAAACCAAUAUUUUCCAAAAUGCCGAAAGAACAGUUUCGAGAGGCUGAUGUCAACAAGAAAAUUUCCCAUGUCCAAUUUGGGAUGGCGUGUCCUGAAGAAAUUCAGCAAGAGGCGCACAUUCGAGUGGUCUCUAAGAACCUGUAUGCUCAGGGUCGUGAACCGGUGUUGUACGGCGUUUUGGACAGACGAAUGGGUGUAAGUCAAAAAGAUACUCAGUGCACCACUUGCAAUCAAGGACUAAAUGAGUGUGUUGGCCAUUUUGGCUAUUUGGAUCUUGCACUGCCUGUAUUCCAUGUUGGUCAUUUCCGUGCGACUAUACAAAUUCUUCAAUCAAUUUGCAAGACAUGUGCCCGAGUGAUGUUAAAAGAGCCGGAUAAAAAAACGUUUGCCAAGCGAUUACUCAAUCCGGACUUGUCGUAUUUGGCCAAAAAGUCAAUUCAUUCGCAGAUCCUUGUUAAGGCGAAAAAGAACCUGAAAUGUCCAUAUUGUGGCGCUGUCAAUGGUCCGGUCAAAAAGUCAGCCGGAUUAAUGAAAAUUCUUCACGAACCGUUUCGUGGCAAAAAAUCUACCGAUCCGAUCUUGACGAGAGCAUUAGAAGAGCUUUCCGUAGCUACCGAUAACAAUCGUGAGCUCAAUCAACUGAUUGCACCGUCAGCGCUUGUUCAAGAGCUAAAUCCGCUACAGGUUUUGGAUCUGUUCAAUGCUAUACAAAAAUGUGAUAUCCCACUGCUUGGCAUGACUUCUGAAAAUGCCAGUCCAUCGAAUUUGAUAGUGACUCGUGUAUUUGUGCCACCGGUUUGCAUACGGCCAUCGGUUGUCUCCGAAGUGAAAGCUGGCACAACGGAAGACGAUUUGACAAUGAAACAGAGUGAAAUUUUGCUCAUUAACGAUGUGAUUGGUAAACAUAUGAGUACUGGCGGAAAAAUGGAAUUGAUUCAAGAGGACUGGGAUUUUCUACAGUUACACGUGGCUUUGUAUUUCAACAGUGAAGUGUCCGGAGUGCCACUGGCUAUGAUUCCGAAGAAACCAUCCAGAGGAAUAGUACAGCGAUUGAAGGGCAAACAGGGACGAUUUCGUGGUAACUUAUCGGGCAAGCGUGUGGAUUUCUCUGGUAGAACUGUUAUAUCACCAGACCCGAAUCUGAUGAUUCAUCAAGUCGGAGUGCCUGAAAGAGUUGCUAGAAUUUUAACGUAUCCGGAACGAGUAAAUCCUGCCAACCUUCAGAAAAUGAAACAACUGGUCCGAAAUGGUAUAGAAAAACAUCCGGGAGCUAACUAUGUUCAGCAAAAGGGUAGUGCAUUCAAGAAAUACCUUGCUUAUGGCAAUCGAGAUAAAGUUGCCCAAGACUUGAAGUGCGGCGAUAUCGUUGAAAGACAUAUGAUCGACGGUGAUAUUGUACUGUUCAAUCGACAGCCCAGUCUCCACAAAAUGAGUAUCAUGUGCCAUCAAGCUAAAAUACAGUCACAACGAACGUUUCGUUUCAACGAAUGCGCUUGCACCCCGUAUAACGCUGAUUUCGAUGGCGACGAAAUGAAUUUACAUUUACCGCAGACCGAAGAAGCGAGAGCAGAAGCUUUAAUUUUGAUGGGGAACAAGUCGAAUUUGGUUACACCAAAGAAUGGAGAAAUUUUGAUUGCAGCCACACAGGAUUUCAUCACAGGCGGUUAUUUGUUAACACAGAAAGAUGAGUUUUUGACGAAAGAACAGGCGAUGCAAUUAGCUGCGUGUUUAUUGGCUGGACCGGACUCUAAUAUGGAUAUUGAUUUACCCAUACCAGCAAUUCUGAAGCCGAGAAGAUUAUGGACUGGUAAACAGAUAUUUGGUCUCAUUCUCCGGCCUAAUAAGUUUAGUAACGUCCUAGCGAAUUUAGAAACUAAGGGAAAAAAUUACACGAGCAACGGAGACCUGUGUGUGAAAGAUUCAUAUGUGGUCAUACGAAAUUCUGAAAUAAUGUGCGGAUCGAUGGACAAAAACACAAUGGGUUCGGGUACUAAGAAAAACAUCUUUUACGUGCUGCUACGCGAUUUCGGUGAAAACGAGGCCACUAAGGCAAUGUGGCGUUUGGCAAGGAUGGCUUCCCACUUCAUGAUGAAUCGAGGAUUUUCGUUUGGCAUUGGUGAUGUGACACCGAGCCGUCGUCUGUUGGAAGAGAAAGAAAAUUUGCUAUGCACGGGCUACGAAAAGUGCAACGCGUUCAUUAUGGAAAUGAAGAAAGGUACACUUCAAUGUCAGCCGGGUUGUACGCCAGAACAAACUUUGGAAGCGGUACUUUUACGAGAAUUAUCAAGUAUUCGAGAGUCUGCUGCAAAGGCAUGUUUUCGAGAGUUACAUCCGACGAAUAGCGCGCUUAUAAUGGCACAAUCUGGCUCGAAAGGAUCAAACAUUAAUAUUUCCCAAAUGAUUGCCUGUGUCGGGCAGCAGGCCAUUAAUGGAAAACGAGUACCAAAUGGCUUUGAGGAUCGUGCUCUUCCCCAUUUCGAGAAAUUUUCUAAGAUCCCUGCUGCUCGAGGAUUCGUUCAAAAUAGUUUCUAUUCUGGGCUGACGCCAACCGAAUUCUUCUUCCACACAAUGGCUGGGCGUGAAGGCUUGGUCGACACAGCCGUCAAAACAGCAGAGACUGGUUAUUUGCAACGUCGUUUAGUUAAAUGCUUAGAAGAUUUGGUUGUGCACUAUGACGGAUCUGUUCGAAAUGCAAUCGGUGAAAUUGUCGAAUUUACGUACGGUGGCGAUGGACUUGACCCAGUUUUUAUGGAAAUAAAAGACAAACCGGUCGAUAUGCCUCGGCAGUUGCUUCAUCAACGAGCCAAAAAGUCAUAUCGGAAUCAGAGAGCAUUACGCGGCGAUGAAGUUGUCACUGUUGCGGAAAAAAUUUUGUCCAGUGAUACUUUCCUCGAUUCUCGGGCAGACUUCCGAAAAGAAAGUCUUGAAUUUCUACGAAAAUUUGGAGAAAAACUGAUGCGGAUUCAAAGGAAAUUCAAGAAAGGGCUUAAAGUUUAUCAGGAAGUUGAACGCAUCACGGAAGGCCAGAUAAAAGACUUCUUAGAAACGACCCGAAUCAAAUACAAUCGUGCAGUCACUGAACCUGGAACUGCCGUGGGUGCUUUAGCUGCUCAAAGUAUUGGUGAGCCGGGAACGCAAAUGACAUUGAAAACGUUUCACUUCGCUGGCGUUGCAUCGAUGAACAUUACACAGGGUGUACCACGUAUUGUUGAAAUUAUCAAUGCGUCGAAAUCAAUUUCAACUCCCAUUAUAACGGCUGAAAUUGAGAUUAAAACUAGCAUGGAGUUCGCUCGUAAAGUGAAAGCCAGAAUUGAAAAGACAACGCUGGGCGAGAUCUCUUCAUUCAUCGAAGAAGUUUAUAAAUCCGAUGACUGUUUCUUGUUGAUAAAAUUAGAUUUGGAUCGGAUCCGUGUGCUGGGUUUAGAGAUCAAUGGUGAAACCAUUCAUUAUUCCAUUUGCACGUCGAAGCUUCGCUUAAAGCCGAACAAUGUGAUGGUUGUCGGUCCAUCUCUCAUUCUAAUUCGACCGGAUGCUGUCAAGCAUGGCAAUGCGUUGAAUAGCGAACUGCAGCGCUUGAUCAACCUAAUACCGAACGUUGUAGUCGCCGGUAUUCCUAAUGUAUCACGAGCUGUGAUUGCUAUUGACGACACAGUUUUUCCGAACGAAUUUAAACUUUGUGUGGAAGGUUCCGGAUUGGGACGUGUUAUAGCCACAUACGGUGUAAUUGGUACGAAGACCAAGAGCAAUAAUAUUUGGGAAGUGUUUCAAACGCUUGGAAUUGAAGCAGCCCGUACGACAAUUAUGAAUGAAAUAACAAGUGUUAUGGAAGGUCACGGUAUGACCGUCGAUCAUCGACAUAUUAUGUUAUUGGCCAGUCAAAUGACAAGUCGUGGAGAAGUAUUGGGCAUUACGAGACAUGGUCUGGCUAAAAUGAGAGAAUCUGUUUUCAAUUUGGCUUCGUUCGAAAAAACUGCCGAUCACCUCUUCGAUGCUGCGUAUUACGGUCAAACGGAUUCCAUCGAUGGAGUGUCCGAACGAAUUAUUUUAGGCAUGCCUGCUGCAAUCGGAACUGGAUUAUUCAAAUUGAUUCACAAACAUGAUAACGUUGUUUUAGAGCCGAAGAGUCAACCAAUUUUUAGUCUGGAAUUUUAAUGAUGAAUUAAACGAUAAAGAUUCAUUUUGUAA